UUAUAUAUGAGGGGCAGAGCGCCGUCAUUAACAGAGACUGGAGGUCCAGGCUGCCAAAGGAACAGGAUUCUCAUAUUCACAUCUCAGGCUGUCCACGAUGAGGCAAAGACAAGUUUACUUUGCGGUGAUCCUCGCGGCUACUUUAGCCGUGAUUUCCGGAGCAGUUAUCACUGGGGUAUGCGAGAAUGACAUUCAGUGCAUCGCGGGCGGGACCAGGGACAGCUGCUGUUCGCGAUGGAGUCCGCUAGGUGCCGUGUACGUCUGCAAGACCAUGGGGAAGAGAGGGGAGCCCUGUCACGUCAAGGCGGAGGCGCUGCCCUACCCGCUGGACGGCAAGCACCGCUUCUGGCACUGCCCGUGUAUGGAAGGGCUUAUGUGUGUCUCCGGGGACGGCGCAAGGGUCGGCAUGUGUAUGUAACCGCCAGGAGAGACAGAUAUCAGUGGAUACAGCGGAACAAAGUUUAGAACGAUGAUGACAGAACUGACAGCGCUCACACAACGAUUUUAGAUUAUUUUAGGCACGAGUAAGCUUCAGAUCAUGUCAGGUAAAGAGAUGUAGUGACAAUAUAGAUUUACGUAUUACUAAGUUAUAAACUUGGUUAGUUUGAAAACCUCAACGAUCGGUCAGUUGCACAUAAUAUGUCGUUUUUCCUAUAACAAAGCUUCUGUUGGAGGUCGAAUCGUUUGAUGUUUAUUGUUUAUAGUUCAAAAGAUGGCCGUAUACAUUGUACAGAAUACAAAUACAAAUCUCAUUGGUAAAAAAAUAGGAGUUCUUAGUAAACCACUGUCAUGAUAAAUAGAAGGAUAAAAUGACUUAUUUCUGUGUACCCCGUUUCUGACUCUAAUCUGUAUAUUCUUCAAUAUGUUUUGGUCCUGACGGCCACUGGCCAAAUGGGACAGUGAAAAUAUGCACGCACUUGCUUAUCCGGGAUUUUCUGAUUCUCACCUUAACCCAGCAAAGACCGUGGUUCAUAAAAAUCUUCAGACUUUUGGAUACACUGUUGGACGAAUAAGAUUUAGUUUUUAAAUGUCAAAAGAACACUUCUCGCCAGCUUAAAAAAGUAAAAUUUCAGGUAGAUUCUCUUUUGAUAUUGAGGGCUAGGACUGUUACAUGUGCAACAAUAGAUCGGAAAAUGUGAAAUUGCUAUUAUCACUUGUGUAUGUACAUUAUGUAGAAUCUCAACUAUUCAGAGUCUUACGAAACUGACGACCCCCCCCCCCCCCA